CAAUUAGGAAGGGGGAGAGAGACUUAGUUAUUGCUUUGUAAUUUCAUUCAAAGUUAUAAAAACUUAGCCUUUGUUCAGAAAAUCUUUGCAUUUGUUCUUCAAAAACUUUCUAAGUUUGAGAUAGAAAGAGAGAAGUGUAAGGCCUCUAUCUAGUAAUCAUAGCCAAGAGAAGGCGCACUGGUGAAGCAGAAGGAGUAGGCUCCCUCGAGAUUGAGACACUCAUAUCUAGACAACGACUUGGAGAACUAAAUCAUAAAUUUAUCAGAAUGACCACUCAAAGACAAGGAAGAUUCCUGGAAUCUUCUCGAUCAGAAUCAACAACAAAAGCUAUAAUCCCCUAUACAUCUUCAGAAGAAUUUCCAGAAGGAGCAAGAAACCUCUGGAAACCUACGGGAAAGCCGCUUAUACUUUCAGAGAAACUUUCCUUCACAGAUUAUAAAGGCUCUGGUCAAGAAUUUAACUUGGCAGACAAUACGAUUAUAACAUCUGCAGAAAGAAUACUCAUAGAUAAUAUAUUCAUAGCUCAUAAAAGGGGAGAUAUCAAACACCAAAUAGCCUGCCUUAAUGGGCUCUCCUUAUAUUUUCAUAACAUCCAUAAUAAUGAGAUAUGUUAUAUCUUAUUCACAGGAGACAAUAAAGGGAUAUACAAAGAAUGGACUGAAAUUAUCCAUUAUACAAAAUCCCAGAAAAACCCAAAAUAUAAAAAAUACAGCUCUUUAUCAGCUGCAUACAAAGAUGCCCAGAUAUACCUUGGACACAAAUAUAAUGUAUCAGAGAAACUCAAGACGAAAUGGGUAGAAAUAUAUGAAAAUCCUCAACUAGAAAUGGAAACUUCGGCAAAAAAUGCAACACUCCAAGAUCAAAUUACAAAACACAAAGAACAGCAGCUCCUCCUGGAAAAACAACUCCAGACCGAGCGAGUAAGGAACAUAGAGCUCAUAAAAAGGAUGGAAGAUCUCCAAAAGGAAGCCAAGCAUAAAGAAGAAAUGAUCUCAUACGCCGGGGCCACCGCCGGACAACCUAUAACAAAAGAAGACAAGAUAAUAGAAAGACUCUCAGAAAUUCAACAAGACUUAUCAACCGUCAUAAGUGGGCUAAACCAAUUUGAUGAGAGGCCCUCUGAAGGAUGGGAUCAAUGGUGGCUCGAGAUGGCAUGUCGGGCUAACAUAAUAGAAAAGAUUCCAGAAAGCCCAAAAACUUCAAAAGCCCAAGACGAAGAAUACCGAGAUGGAGCCCUAGAACAAUAUGUGGCCUCUAUAAAAAUGUAAAGAGAGUCACGAGAUAAAAGUUGCAGAAGCUCAGCUAAAAGCAUAUUAUCUGUAUUUAUUUUAAAUUUUUAUUUCUGAGAAAAGCGCCUUUAGGAAGCACGCGCUACCCAUAUUUACCGAUUGUUGUGAAAGAAGACUCUCGUAACUUAUAUCCAGGUUGUCGAUAGGGCCCAAUGAAAUACCCGAGCCUUUAUAUAAUGAAUGCAGAUGUCUCUCAUUAGGCAGCAGUUAGAAAGGGGGAAAGAUACUUAUUUAUUGCUUUGUAAUUUCAUUCAAAGUUAUAAAAACUUAGCAUUUGUUCAGAAAA